AUGCAAAUUCUUAGGUUCCAUCCCAGACCUACUGAAUCAGAAACUCUGGGGUGGACCCCAACAGCAGAGACAUUUGUUUGGGUUAACAGUGCAUCAGCACAUUCCCAGAGUGUUGCUAAAGCCAAAUAUGAAUUUUUAUUUGGCAGACCUGAAGAGAAAACUCCAGAUACUAGUGAUCAUGGAGGAAGCACUUUACUCCCACCGAAUGUCACAAAUGAAUUUCCAGAAUAUGGGACCAUGGAGGAAGGAGGAGAAGGCCUGAGAGAUUCACUGGAGUUUGAUGUAGAGUCUCUGCCAUGCCGCCCACAAGGGCAGCAGGCAGUCCAGCUUCUUGCUGGCCACCACUCUGGGCUCAACAGUGUUUCAGAAGGACCAAAAGAUGUCAGAGAGGCCCCCUGUCAAAGUCACCUCAAGGAACAAAGUUUACAACCCAUUGACUCUUUGAUUUCAGCUUUGAAAGCCACAGAAACCAGAAUAGCUUCAGGAACAUUACAGGCUACAAAGGUACAAGACAAAGAUGCUGUUUCUAGUUUUUCAGUUCAGCAGGUGGAAAAAGAGCUGGACACUGCCAGCCAUAAAACACACAGAACCAACAAACUGUUCCCUGCCGGCCAAGAAAAAUCACCGGAUAUACCUCUUUCAGCUGAAGUAACAAGUGAGGAAAACUUUUAUUUGAGCAUCCAGAAGGAUCUGACUGCACUGUUAACUGGAGAAAAUCAGGCAGAGCUUUCCCAGAUAACUAGAAAGGGGAGAAAAGGAGCUCUCUGUGCACAGGAGUCAGCUUGUCCUGUGUCCUCCUCCCUGGGAAGCCUAGCAGUGACCCACAUGUCUGCGGGCAGGGUUGAUUUUGUGAAAGAGCAGAGGUCUGCUCUCGGGACAGAACACCCAGGGGGAUGUGAUCAAGGCAGUGCCAUGGGACGCCCAGGCCGGGUCAAACAUGUAGAAUUUCAAGGUGUAGAGAUAUUGUGGACAGGAAGAGACAAGAGAGAGACCCAACAUUCUGUAGAUUUUGAGACAUCACUGGAAAGAACAGUUUCUCCUGACAGCAAAGAGUUUUCCAAAGUGCCAAGCCAUCUCAUCUCAUCUGCAAAUAGUUUAACUCAGAGUGUUUGGGAUGAAACCUGGAAAGCUCCUUCAGAGAGGCCUGGCACUAGCUUAGGGACAUUUUCCCCUCUGCAUCUUGUUGAGAGUGGAGAGGAUGAAGUAUUCCUGAAGGAAAACAAACAGCAUCUUGAAAAGAAACAUGAACUAGACAGAGACAAGGAAAGUAUCCUUGAGCAACAGGAGCACAUUGGGGGAGGAGACGAUGAUAUCCUUGGGCCCGGGUAUACGGAGGACUCCACUGACGUAUACAGCUCCCAGUUUGAGACCAUUUUGGACAACACUUCUUUAUACUACAGUGCAGAGUCGUUGGAGACAUUAUACUCAGAGCCUGAUAGCUAUUUUAGCUUUGAAAUGCCCCUCACUCCAAUGAUACAGCAGCGCAUUAAAGAAGGUGGUCAGUUCUUGGAGAGGACGUCAGCGGGGGGACAUCAAGAUGUCCUGAGUGUCUGCGCAGAUGGUGGGAUAGUGAUGGGCUCUUCUAGUCGGAUCGCCAACGGGCUGAAUGAUGCCAGCGACUCCAUCUACGCGAAAGGCACCCCGGAGAUUGCCUUCUGGGGAAGCAAUGCUGAGGUGAAAAAAACACGGCGAGAGGCUCAUUCUGGAAUGGGGAACACUGAAAUUCUGGAAAAGGAGACUUCAGAAGGUCUCAGUAAUGGCACCAGCAGUAACGUGGAAGCAGCCAAAAGGCUGGCCAAACGCCUUUAUCAACUGGACAGAUUCAAAAGAUCAGAUGUCGCGAAACACCUAGGCAAGAACAAUGAAUUUAGCAAACUAGUUGCAGAAGAAUAUCUGAAGUUUUUUGAUUUUACGGGAAUGACACUGGAUCAGUCUCUCAGGUAUUUCUUCAAAGCAUUUUCUCUUGUGGGAGAAACUCAAGAACGAGAAAGAGUUUUGAUACACUUCUCCAACAGAUACUUUUAUUGUAACCCAGAUACCAUUGCUUCACAAGAUGGAGUCCAUUGCCUUACCUGUGCAAUGAUGCUGCUUAACACUGAUCUGCAUGGCCAUAAUAUUGGGAAGAAGAUGACCUGCCAGGAGUUCAUUGCAAAUCUCCAAGGAGUAAAUGAGGGUGUUGAUUUCUCCAAGGAUCUGCUGAAAGCUCUGUACAACUCAAUCAAGAAUGAGAAGCUUGAAUGGGCGGUAGAUGAUGAGGAGAAAAAAAAAUCUCCCUCCGAAGGUACUGAUGAGAAGGCUAAUGGAACACAUCCAAAGACCAUCAGUCGCAUUGGGAGUACUACCAACCCAUUUUUGGACAUUCCUCACGACCCAAAUGCUGCUGUGUACAAAAGUGGAUUCUUGGCUCGGAAAAUCCAUGCGGAUAUGGAUGGAAAGAAGACUCCAAGAGGAAAGCGAGGAUGGAAAACCUUUUAUGCUGUACUGAAAGGAACAGUUCUUUACUUGCAAAAGGAUGAAUAUAAGCCAGAAAAGGCCUUGUCUGAAGAGGACUUGAAAAACGCUGUGAGUGUGCACCACGCCCUGGCAUCCAAGGCCACGGAGUAUGAGAAGAAGCCGAAUGUGUUUAAACUUAAAACUGCUGACUGGAGGGUCCUGCUUUUUCAAACCCAGAGUCCAGAGGAAAUGCAAGGGUGGAUAAACAAAAUUAAUUGUGUUGCAGCUGUGUUUUCUGCACCACCCUUUCCAGCAGCCAUCGGCUCUCAGAAGAAGUUUAGCCGCCCACUUCUGCCUGCCACUACAACAAAAUUGUCUCAGGGGGAGCAGCUGAAAUCUCACGAAAGCAAGCUGACGCAGAUUACCACCGAGCUGGCUGAGCACCGCUCGUAUCCCCCCGACAAGAAAGUCAAAGCCAAGGACGUGGAUGAGUACAAACUGAAAGAGCACUAUCUGGAGUUUGAGAAAACCCGUUAUGAAAUUUAUGUCAGCAUUCUAAAAGGAGGAGGCAAGGAGCUCCUGAGUAACAGUGAAAGUGAGGCCGCAGGACUGAAGAAGUCGCAUUCGAGUCCUUCACUGAACCCAGAUUCAUCUCCAGUCACCGCCAAGGUCAAGCGCAACGUGUCAGAGAGAAAGGAUCACCGACCUGAAACACAGAGCAUUAAGCAAAAAGUUACUUAGAAUCCACCUGCGGCCAGGAAGUACUGGUCAUGGAGCAAAAUAGGGUUUUUCAAGAUCUUUCUGGUAAUCCGUGAAAAUAUUCAAAAAAAAAGUCUGUGACUAAAUGGUGCAUUAGUAACUUUUUCUAUUGUAUAUUUUUUGUUAGUUUCUGUACAGAUUGUCUUUGCUCUUGAUUUCUUUGCGUUGAUGAUUUUUGCAACUUGAUAACUAAUGCACCUUUUUUGUGAGGGGAAGGGGAUUGUGAUUUCAGAAUGAAUUAUGUACCCUUCUCCUUUGGUUUUAUCUUGUUUGCACUCUGCUCAGUUGUUUUAUGUAUUCUCAAAUCAACUGUUACACAUUUUUUAAGGUUAAAAAAUUUAAUCCAUUGUGAAACACUUAACUGGACAAACUUUGUAGUUUAGUAAAUCAUAGCCAGAGUUAAUAUAAGCCUUUUAUAUGUGAAAUCUUGCCCAGUAACAAAGCUGGAAUUGAGCACUGACAGAUGCUCAAGUAAGUAUUACAACACUGGGAGUCAAGGUGUUCUAAGAUGAUGCUGUGCUGUAGGCAUCUCAGCACUUAGUGUUGAGUUCUGACCCUGCUGGAAGCAGGGAAAGGGGGUGCGGAAAUCACAGGACUGGAGAACUUAGGGACGCACAUGAACUUGCUCGAGUGUUGAUUUCAUUCUAACCAAGUAAGGGAAAGAGGAAGUGGAGUCAUUUUACCAUUGACGGUUGAGUGAAGACCAAUACCCAAUUAAUUUUAUUUUAGAGGGUAGUGGCAAUAAUUGGAUCUUGGGGAGCUGCAGCAGCAGGCGGGUGUUUGGUCUGCAGGAAAUUGUUACCUCGGUCCCACAGGGUCUAGUCUAGGAAUCCAGAAUCGUUUCUGUCGUUCGUACCCUUCGAUCCAGGAAUCGACUCUUUAUAUAUAGGCAUGGGGUUAUGUCCUGGUUGUAAGAAUGUGGAGGUCUUCCUUUCUAACAAAAUAAUAUUGAAAAUGGAACCCCUUAUGGUCUUUCCUUAAGUCAAGACAAAAUAAGGGAGGAAAAAGUAGCUGCAGUUGUCCAGCAGUGGAUAUUGAUUCUUAAAAAUAAAUUUGAGAAUGAUAAUCUGAAUGAAUUGUGGUUGGAAAACUGAGGAAUCUGCUGGUUGCAUGUACAAAGUUACUGAUUCUUCUCUAGUCUCUUUGAUAACCACUUCACUCUAUUACUAAUCUUUCUCUUAAAAAUAGACGCUUUAUUUUAAAUCAUUUCUUUCUUUCACUAAGAAUAGUUCUAUUAAUCUUCCAGUCAUGAGCUUGCCCCAGUGAAAGUCCCUUUGAAAUUCAAGGAGAUAAACAGAAUAUUUUAUGUAGAGGAAGAGAUGGGGGUGAACAUCCACCCAUUGUGACUUAGAACUUUCUUAUUUCCAAACCGUGAAACUCUGUUAAUUCCUAAAGCUAUAAUCUCCACAUAUACCACAACAUACGAACUCAUGGAAUCACUCUGAAUGUUCUUUUUCCUCCCAUAGAAAUUCUCUCUAGUUCUACUUAGUUUAUAAGUUGAAGGUACUAUGACCAAAGAAUCGGCUGCUCUGCUUGAAUAGCAUGGUUCCAGCGAAUUAGAGAAAACCUGCUGUAAAACCAUGGUAGUUUCUAGUGGUAUAUGGUUAUGAUGUACCAGCAUUUAAUUACAGGACUAUUUAUUAGCAUUUACUUUCUUGACUUAUAUAAUUGUUCAUAUUAGCUGGUGCCCAGAAAAGAGUGACCUCUCUCUAAGGUUAGAGUUGCUUGCUUUGUGAUAAGUAUUUUGUCACACCUUUGAAAAACGCACGCUAACCCUCUGUCUUGUUUAGGUACAGGCAGUGACAACUUAUAUUUCAGAACCUUGAAACAAACAGGGUAGUUAUCAAUAUGGCCCGUGUACCUAAUUCAUUUUUGUAGCUUCUUACUGAAUCCAGUAUUUUCAUAAGCUAGUUGUCUUUCUUCCUAGAAUCUAAAUUAUCAAUGUGUUUAUUAUCUGACUAAAUAUUUAUUUUAAGCAGAGGAGAGAGAGGUACCUAGACCAUAUCAUCUAUGAGCCUCAAUAACUGAAGAAAAAUUAACAUCCCUGACCAGCUUGAAUGUGUUUGCCCACACUGUGUGUUUAUGUAUAUAGAAUGUUUGUGUGUAUUUUACUUAUAAUAUAUAAUAUACAUUGAAUGGUACCUUGCUACAGUAUUUCUGACAUUUAGAAUAGUCUUGAAAUACUCAGCAUCAGCACCACUACAGCUCUGUUCCUCUUAUACAACCCCUUAAUGUUAUCUCCAUGGACUGGAUGUGCUAACAGAUAACUGAACGAGAAGGGUACUUUUGAAGCUGCGGUAUCCCAUGUUUGUAUAGUUUAUCUUUUAAAACAAUUUAAAGGUUCUUUUGUGAGCCAGGAUCCCAGAUUGCUGUAGCAUGAUGCUGUCCAUCAGUCGGGGGCAGGCUGAGGACACCUCUUCCCUGAGGCCUCUGGAGGUUGCUGUCUGUUGUCAGGGCAUGUAGCAGACCAAGAGUUUAUCCUACGGGAGGAAACGGUCUUUGAUUUGGCUAGACUCUGAGAGUCUGGCCCAUAGCCAACCAUGUUUUCUUUCGCGACAAUUUCUUUCCUAUGGUAUCUAGUCAGAAGAAAUUGAAGAUGUUUCCUUUCACAGCUACUUCAAGCCUGUUGCCCAAUUCACGGUACAGGGGAGCCCCUUCUCCUCCUUUCCUUCUGAAGGUACUCCACCCCACUUCAGCCCCCACCCACACUCCUCACCCCCACCUCAGUGCCCAGGAGCCUUGGGAUUUCUCUCCAUGCAAGAAGUCACUAUUCCUCUUCCCAUAAAUACAUUUAAUAUUAAUUUUUAGUAUAGAAAAUCUUGAUAGUCAUCAAAAUGCCUUGGUGAUAGUCUUGUUGCAAAAUUCAUCAUAAAAGUGCCCGUGUAUUAAAUCUGAAUGUUUUGGGGUUUGUCCCCAGCUCAAAUGCUGGCUUUUACAGGGAGGUGUCAGGGAUUUCUUGUUAGCAAUCAAAACUUCAUUACUAGCAUGCAGAGUCCUUUUUUUAUUGCCAGGCCAUAGGCAUUUCUGAAGUAUACUUUUUUAAAAUAUCAUUUUGCUAACUUUUAGCAAUGCCUAAUUAAACCAAGCAAUACUUUCGUGCAUUUUAAUUAGUCUCAGUAAAACCAGCAUGUGGGAGAGUCCUCUGAUAAAAAUAGUUCCUAGAUUACGUGUAAUGUUUUUUAUUGCUCUUAGGUAAAGAGGGUGGAAAGCAUUUUCUUGUGCAAUGGUCUUGUGCCUCUAUGUUUCUCCAACCAUUAACCGAAUCCAGAAGAUGAGGACUGUUUCAUAGGUAGACAGGACAUAGGGGAAUUAAUUCUGAAAGAAGAAGCUGGCUGGCUUUUCAAGGCCAAGCUAGGUUUGUAUUUCAUCCUGUAGUCAAAUCACAGAACUUCUAAGAUUGAGGAAGAACUGAGGUGGAGCAGUGAAAGAGGCCCUUUGCUGCCUAAGCACAAAGUUACACAGAGUUUUCUGUUCUUCUUUGCCCAUUCUGUGAUAAGCGUGGACAGCUGGGAAGAUGUUCUUAGGUAAGGCAUUCUCACUGAUAAUUGGAAGAAAAUUGAACUUAAGUUGCUCCAUUGUCUUACAUCAAGACCUUUUUGGGUUUAGUUAAUUGUCCUUGAAAUUUGAAUUCCUUUGCCAUUUUUCCUUGUGGACAUCAGUGAAAAGCUUAUUUCAGCCUGAAUUCACAGGAAGCUUCCUAGCUUUGUAGGUGAAUCUCUUCACUUCUCAGAUGACAGAUUUCUUUCCAGUUGUAAAACUAGCACUGUGAAACAAAGAUCCGAAAUGGCAUCCUUGGAUGUGUUAAAAGUAGAAUCUGCUUUAUGAAUAAUAGUGCAGCUUUGGAUUUAAGUAGUAUCUGCUUUUCUUUCAGAGCAUCUAAAUGACUAAAAGGUCAGUCAGUGUGGAGGCAGAUGAGCCUCUGGGCUGACCUUGCUCCAAAGCCUUCUGGCUGUCUUUUCUCCCAGACCGGGCUGCUGGUCUUCCUCAGAUCAGCAGAUAUCUCUCCACCCGUCUUUUGACUUCUUACACCAUCAAGUCGUCCAUAAGAUGUUAGAGACCACCACAAAGGCAUUCCAUGGUAGAUUAUUGAUAGUGAUAGAGAGGUGCUUUGUCAUCGAUUCCCCUCUCAGAUUCCUUUUCUAUCUCUCACCCUUCAAAGGAGGACUGAAGUCCAAAGGCCUUCUUUUGUACUAACAGUAUCCAAAGCCCAAGUGGGCAGCCUUCCGCUUAGAACAGUAAUUGGCCCAUUGCAUGCAGAGAAAAUGUCUUUCCAGAGAGAAUGUCAAUAAAUACUUGAAACUGCAUGACAGUUUGUUGACUUGAAUGCAACAGGCAGAAAAUAUUGCACGUAAAGUAACCUACCUAUACAGUAGGUUUCCUUAAGUCUCUGGCUCCUCCUUUGUAAUUUAUGUGUGUAUUUGUAGUAUUGCAGGCUUUUGGAGAAUAUUCAUACAGACAGUAUGUCAGAUAUCAAUGCUUCCUGUCACCUGCCAAUGUUGUAUCUGUGGGUGUUUAUGGUUGUAUGUAUGUAUAUGCAUCAGUGUGUAGAUUAUAUAUCAGUAUAUGGUACAUGUACAUCAAAAUUAUUUUUGUCCUUAAAAACCCGUGUGAUAAAUGAAAAGCAAGUAAAAACCUCAUAGGAUUGAUUAUAUAAUGCAGUUGUUGAGACUAUAUAUAGUGGUAUUGUUUUAUUAAACUUAAAUUGAAAUGGUAUUUUGAUUACAUUUUUAAUAAGACUUUAUGCUAGAAAAUUCCAUCUUUGAGCCUUGAAUCACCAGGGCAAAAAAUGACUUUGAACUAACCUUGUGAAUCUAUUGACAUGUACUGUGUGCAAUACCAAGGAGAGAGUGCAUUGUAAUUGGGGAAAUACAGAAAGGAAGGGGGGAAAGGCAGUCCGUACAGUCUUAGCAACUUCACUAUUAUAAGCACUUAAACAAGUCAAACUGACAAUUUGGGGCUUAUUACAAAAGGUGAUGCUGUAACGCACACAUUCUUUAUUGUUGUGAUUAGUCCAGAAAAAUAUAGCUUUCAGAAGAAUUAAAUAAGUACUCACCAUAUCAUUUAUGUAUUUGUGUAUAUUUUAUAGUAGAUCAUACAACUCUCCUGGUGCCACAUUUUACUUUGAAGAAAUAUCCCGAGCACGAAAGUAUAUCAGGGCAUCCUAAGACUGGGUACUGUAUUCUAGGUUCGCAGUUGCACAAAUUAGCCUCUGGUGUCACAGGUAAAAGAAUUUCAGAACCAGGUUUAAACUUUAUUUUAAAUACUUUUAUACUUAGGUCUCUUUUUGCUGUCUCUCCCCAAAGAAGAGCCACUGGCCUUAGUUGUUUGAGCUUACUGCUUAUAUUACAGCGUGUAAAUAGAUAAAUAGACUAAAAUUUUAUUAAUCAGCAUGUUUGGUGUAUUUAAAGCAGCAGCUGAGUGUGUUUGAGUGAGUGGUUGAGGGCGGUGUCUUCUGUUUAAACACACUGCCUCCUCUCUUUGUGUCUAAUUCAGAGAUUUGGAAUUAGGGGGUGGGAAACUAAUCUUCAGCUUGAGGCUGCAGUACUGUGUCAGUUUUUACACUUGAGUUGUUUUGGGUUUUUGUUGUUUUGUUUUUUUAAAUUAACUCUGUAGUCUCAAACUAUUUUUGCAAAUAUAUUUCCUGAUUUUUUUCUUGACAUGCAGUGGACUGGCUCUGUGACUGAUCAGCAGGGUCUUAGUUUUCUAAGAUUCCUUCUAAAAAUUUUUGUGAUUGGCAAAAACAGCCAUUUGAUUCAGAAAUCGUAUAAAAAAGGAGUAGCAGAAAUAAAAAGUUUCAUUUUGGGCCUUAAUCAUUUGAAAUAUUUGGACUUUAAUAUAAAGCCAUGGAAGUUAUAAAGCCAAGUAACCAUUUGACAUCGAUAAUAAUAUCCGCUCUGUAAAGAGUAUAUAUGCACAUUGAUUUUUCAUUCCAUUAGGAUACUUUUUUUUUAAGCUAUAGGAACAAGAGUAAUUAGACCAAAUUGAAGGGGGGGUCAGGGGAACUGCAAACUGGUUGCCUUGCAUGUGGGGCAGCCAUGCAUGUGGCCAGCCUCUGCUCUCAAGGGAUUCAGAACCAGUUUACUGUCUUCUUAAGUGCGUAAGGGGGAUAUUGACACAUCGGGAUCUCUCACCUGUGUACUCAGGCUUGCACAUGUGCACGCACAAUGAAUGUUGUAAGGUACACAAACAUGAGACCUUAAGAUGUAAAGGGCUAGCGUAUUCUAAAGAGGUGAUGAACAGAGGGGGUGGAAGCUGUUUUCCAAGGGCCAGGGAGGAAUUUGAGCUUUGAGAUGCAUUGCAUUUUUAACAAAUAAGUGAGGAGAUACAUGCCACAUUCUUUCUGGUAGACCACCAAAUUGAAGGCUUUCUUGUCAUUCACAAGCAGCAGCUCUCCAGUGUCCCUCAGUAGCCUGGGUGAAGUUCCAGGAAGCUGGUGUGCACCAUUUUCUAGGGGGCAGAGCUGCAGAGCUGCUUGCUUUGUAGAUUAUUCCUUUGAGAAAGGAAUAUAAAUGGAGAAGCAACAGAGCACUUAACUACAGGAGCACUGACGUGGUUGUUACAAUCUCCUCUGAGCUGUCUUGACGAGAGAGCUGGGACUGAGGGAUGCUGAACAGUUGAGCACUUUUUCAUCAGCAACAACAGUGGAAAGGAACCUAGAUAAAAUACUUUUCUCUUUGCAGGCUAGAGAGCUGAGCUCUCACUAAUAGUGUUAUAAAAAUAAGCACCUUAACUUCAAUUCCUGAAAAUGUUGGUUAAUGGAGAGAAUUGAGGAGUUUUACUUAAUAUUUCCCCAUCAGUCUGCAUAAGUAAGUCUUCAGACACUCCCAGGAGGUUUUCAUCCACAAGGCUCAAUUAAGGACCACACUGCAGAUCUGCGGCUCCUUGCUCUGAGCCUUGGUAUUCCAGGGCACUGCAGAAGGUGAUACUGUAUCCUGUCUGCAAAGAGGAGCUUCUCCCCUGGCCUUUCACUCCACUCAAGAUUCUACUGAGCAACAAGUAUGUCCUGGGUUUCAAAUGCUACUUCUCCUGCUUUAGGAAUCCAUCUGUCCCAGUGGGUUGACCCUGCUGAGGCACAAUAUCAAAUCUCAGAGUGGCUGAGUCACUGAGGGUGGCACAUGAUACAGGCGGUGUAAAAGAUUCUCUGACUGCAGCUAAGACCACAUAUUUUGCAAGAAACAGACUGCCACACUGAGAUCUAUCCAGAGAUGGAUGAUAUCUUUGCUUUUAUACCCAGACUUCUGGAAAUGGAUAACGUUUCUUGUCUGUGGGAAGCGUCAGGGAACACUAAACUUUUUGUUCAGCAAUUCUGCUCAGUCCAGGUGAGAGCUAUUGGGUAAAAGCCUAACUGCCUCCCUGCAGUCUCUUCUAUUUCCACUUUUAGAAACCCAUUUCUAGAAUAGAAAUUACCACAAGUGGAGAAUCCAUAUUGUCAGCCUUGAUUAUCGCAGGACAGACAGAAGGGUAGUAGUUUGUGUCUUUUGAUAUAAAACAGGCUUUUAACUUUUCCCACCUAUUAACUGGGUUAUAUUCACUGUGGCUCAAAGUAAUUGGCAUUGUGGAACAUUCCUUUACCUUCAAAGUUUUCUCCACCAAUCAUUUCAGUUUCACCGCAGUCCCGGUGCCAUAUGUCCCCUGCAAAUUGUGAAAGUAAUUAGUUACAAGAUAGCAGUCUACUCCUUUUCGGUGGCCAAACUGUCAGCAUUAGCAGCCUUGGGUAAGCUAGUGGUACCGUAUCAUGUACUGGAAACCUGUUCCUCAUUAUCACCCACCGGAUUCAAGAAAUGCCAUCUCCUAGAAAAUUGUGGCAUUUGUGGUGGUAGUCUUUUGAACAGAACAGCAAUUUAUGGGGAUAUUGUGAAAGUAUUUAAAGAAUAUUUUGAAAAUUAAGUUUACAUUUUACAAUUGCUUUAUUUUUUAUUAAAAUAGUUGUAUAUAAAUAUUAUUCUAUUUCACUUGUUAAAGUAAACCUAAACCUUGUAGACAAGUGAGUCACCUGAUGUGUAUAAAAGCUGUGAUAUAUAUAGUACAUUUCUCUAUUGUGUAAAUGUUCAUGAAUAUAACUGUUCCUGUGUUUUUUUUA